CUGGAUUUGACUCCAGAGCCUUCAGUGGGGAAGAAAAAUGCCAGAUGAAGAUGAUCUGGAAGACUUUGAGUCAGACCUGGAUGGUCUGGAAAGGGAAGACGAUGAGAAGGAGACAGAGGAGUGGGAGGACCACAGGAAAGAGGGAGAAGACUCCGAGGAAUGGAUGUCCAUGCCCCUCACAGAGGACAUGAUGAAGGAAGGGCUUUCUGCGCUCUGCAAGACGGGUAAUGGACUGGCCCAUGCUUACGUCAAGCUGGAGGUUAAAGACAGGGAUCUGACAGACAUCUACUUGCUGCGUUCCUACAUCCAUCUGCGCUAUGUGGAUGUUUCCGAAAACCACCUGACAGACUUGUCCGCACUCAAUUGCCUCACCCACCUGCUCUGGCUCAAGGCUGAUGGCAACCGGCUGCGGAGUGCCCGGUUGAAUGACCUGCCCUACCUGCAGAUCGCCAGCUUUGCCUAUAACCAGAUCAGCGACACUGAGGGCAUCUCUCAUCCUCGUCUGGCCAGCCUGGAUCUCAAAGGGAACCACAUCCACAUGGUGACAGGUCUGGACCCCCAAAAGCUGAUCAGCCUGCACACACUGGAGCUUCGGGGGAACCAGCUGAACAGUACCCUGGGAAUCAACCUUCCUAAGCUGAAGAACCUCUUCCUGGCCCAGAACCUAUUGAAGAAGGUGGAAGGCUUGGAAAACCUAAGCAAUCUCACUACCUUGCAUCUUCGCGACAACCAGAUUGAAACUCUGAGUGGCUUCUCCAAGGAAAUGAAAUCACUGCAGUACCUCAACCUAAGGGGCAACAUGGUGGCUGACCUGGGGGAGCUCGCCAAGCUGCGGAACCUGCCCAAGCUGCGAGCCUUGGUGCUGCUGGACAACCCGUGUGCAGACGAGAACGACUACCGCCAGGAGGCCCUGGUGCAGAUGGCGCAUCUCGAGCGCCUGGACAAGGACUUCUACGAGGAGGAGGAGAGGGCUGAGGCUGAUGAGAUCCGGCAGAGGGUGAAGGAGGAGGCCGAGCCUGAGCCCGAAUUGGAACUGGACCAGUCAUCCAUCUAGCAGUUCCCCUAGCCUCCAAGGACAG